AUGAUGGAGGCCGCCUGGCGACGAGCCUCGGAGGCCACAGGAGAUGCCUCAGUCUGGGAUGCUUUCAGCUACUUCGCGACUGGGGAUGCAGCAGAGACCAGUGCUGUUGACCUUUCGAUGGCCGCUCACACCGAUCCGGGGCUCUUGACAGCCAAGCCACUAAGCUCUGUGGCAGGACUGGAGGUCUGGGAUGCAGCGUCGGAGAGAUGGAUCUCCCUCGAGGGCAAGGAUCGCGCUCUCGGCGAAGUCGUCGUGUUCAGCGCUGACACGCUCCAGCGCUGGAGCAAGGGAGCCAUCCCGAGCUGCCGCCACCGAGUGGCGAAACCCAGGGGCGGCGAGCCCCGCCUGUCCUUGGU